AUGACCGCGCGCUCGUACGCGAUACAAGAGGACUUGAAUCGAACUGCCGCGUUCGAGCAGCUGCUCGACCGACGCUUCCAGGAGAUUUCCGUCCUGUUCCAGGAGAGCAUCGCCAAGGCCAGCACGGCGCAUGCAGACUCCUCCGACCUCUCCUCCAACCCCAACAGCAUCAUCCGCCUGUCCCACAGGGGCCCUCGCCGCCUGUGCACGUACACGGAGAGCGAGCUGCGCGCCAUCCUCGCGCUGCGCCACUGCUGCGGGUGGAAGUGCAACCGGUACUUCUACGGGGGCGCGUGGAUCGACUGGAAGACUCUGGACGAGGAGUUUCAGAAGGGGCAUGCGCGCGUGCGCGAGGAGGAGGAGGCAGAGUGCGUGCUGGCGUGCAAGCAGCAUGAGAACCUGGGGUGCAGCAAGGAGCAGCCGUGCGUUAAUGGGUACUACCUGCGGCGCAACACUACUGACACGCUGGUGGUGCGGCAGGCAUACGAAUGGGGAGAGCAGAACUUCCUCAAGCCAUACUUCCACUUUGACUCCAUCCUUGACGCUGGAGCCAACAUCGGCCUCACCUCCGUGCUCUUCGCCACCAUGUACCCCAAGGCGACAAUCAUCAGUGUGGAGGCGUCGUCUCGCAACUUCCGCUCGUUGAAGCUCAACACACAGCCCUUCCCCAACGUCAUCGCUGUCAACGCUGCCCUGUGGCCGCGCGUCGCCUCCCUCUCGCUCACCCUCGGCCAGAGGAACCCCGAGCUACCCCCUGAGUGGGCCUUCAUGGUCAAGGAGACACGCGAUCUCGAGCCCGGGCAGGUUGUGGAGGACUCCCUUCUCGGCGUGACCGUGCCCUUCCUCCUCAAAGUUUUCGGGCUGCCCGGAUUCGACUUUCUCAAGAUCGACAUAGAGGGCAGCGAGGGCGAAAUUUUCCGCGAGGACAGGGAGAUGGACCUGGGGUGGGUGAACGAGUCGAAGCUGGCAGCACUGGAGCUUCAUGGAGACAUGGUGCCUGGAUCGAAUGUGACUGUACUGAAUUUCUUCAACAGUCGCAGCAACUUUCACCACAAGAAAGACUGGUCGGGGGAGUACGAGGUGUUUAUGCGAAACGACGCUGAUCUGUCCUAG